AUGGUGUUCAACAGGGGGUUCACUGCUAAUGCGCUGGCAGAGGUUGAGAGCUACCUGACCUACCUCGAGUCCAGUGCUCUGAUGUAUCCUAAAAACAAAAGUUUGCAUAAUUCAAGUGAAGAGUACUGGAUAAAUGAAUACACCUCCACCUUGGGGAUUGGUGUCUUCCACUCUGGCAUCGAGAUCUACGGCAGAGAGUUUGCCUAUGGAGGGCAUCCCUAUCCUUUCAGUGGGAUUUUCGAGAUCACACCUGGCAGCGCGGUAGAACUUGGCGAGACCUUUAAAUUCAAAGAAUCCAUUGCCUUGGGCACUACAGACUUCACAGAAGAGGACGUGGAUAAGAUUAUGGAAGAGCUGGGCAAGGAGUACAAAGGCAACGCGUACCACCUGAUGCACAAGAACUGUAAUCACUUCUCUGCUGCUCUGGCUGAGAUACUAUGUGGGAAAGAGAUCCCCCGCUGGGUGAAUCGCCUGGCCUACUUCAGCUCGUGCAUCCCCUUCCUCCAGAGCUGCCUCCCCAAGGAGUGGCUGACCCCAGCAGCACUGCAGAGCCACAUCAGUCUCGGCCUCCACAAGGAGGAGCAGGGGGACACAACAGAUGAGGAGUCCCCCUCCACCUCCACAGCCCCCGCAGCCUCAGGCACAUCGCGAACCUGUAGACAUACCCGGGUCUAAACUGUGCCCAGUAUGCCCUCAAAUAACACCCCUCUCUCUCUUGUACUAUUUCUUUCUCACACCCUUUCACACACCUUGGUUUCUCUCUUCUCUUCUUCAAUGGACAACACAGGGGAGGGAAGACCCUUUCUACUAAGGAGGUGAAGCUUCAGUCCCUUUUCCAAGGGCUGCCACUACAGCUGCUCGGCAAAAUGACUGUGAACCCCAACGCUGAACUGAGGAGUGUGGCAACUAAACUGGAUUUUCCUCCCAGAGCCCCCAUGCUCCUUGAUCCACGGAGAACUGCUGGCUCUCUUGGGCAUGAGAGCAGGCGUACGGGCAGAGGGGCGCCAUACUGUGAUGUUCCUUCUCUGGAACUGUUUUAUCUUUUUAUCUCUUCCCCCUCCCAUGUGAGCCCAGCAGCCUCCUCUCUAUUUUGGCUGGGUUUGCCAUUCCCCUAUAACAAAUCUCCUGCCCACACCCAGUGAAGGAAGCAGAGCCAGAACUCAACCUUCUCAUCUCUUAGACCAGCAACAAGCUCCACUUAGCCCCAUCCCUUUUGUAAUUACCAGGUUUCUAACUCACGUGAAGGACAAAUGAAAGGUGCUGCUGUUCUACAACCGCCAAUUUUCAGUACUCAAAUUUAAGAGCUCCAAUGAAUGUCCUGCUCUUGAAAAUAACAAAGAACCUAG